AUCGGUUGUGGAAUUUGACUGAAGAUGCAUAAAAACUAUUUUCUUUUGGGGAUUGCCAUUUCAAAGUUCGUUUUGAUAAAUUCCAAACUUUGAAUGACCUUCAUUUUAGAAUUUGGGUACGGUUUAUAAUGGAUGCAGAAUCGAUGGAACUUCCACAAAAUCAAAAUUCAGAAUCUCCUGCAAUUACAGAUUCAGUUCUUGAAGCUGAUACCUUUACUCCUUUGCAAAAUUACCGUUCCUACCUCCCAUACUACAAUGCAUUUUCAGACAGCAUUUCUGGUACUUGCCGUAUUCUUGGUGACUGGAGAAUGUCGUCAACGUCCUGAAGAAGUAAUAACCACGGAUUGCAGGAAUCAAAAAGACGUCGAAGAAUAUUUGGAUAGAGUGAUGGAACGAGUUCGACAGGAUCUUCCAGACCCCAUGAUGCUCCCUCCACGCUCGACAAUCGUAGAACUCAGCGACGGACAUGUCUGGGGAUUAUCGAACCUUACUAGAUUCGGCAACACUGAAGUCAAAUGUGAAGGAUACACAAUUACGAUAUCAGCAAAAAUAACUACAGAUACAAUAAAGGGACGCUACACAUGGACAAAAGUUCACCGUGGCAAAGAAAGACAAGGAUACGUAGUCUUCAUCUCGAAGGAUUUCGAAGCCAAUGUCCAGUUGUCCAUGAACUACGCCACCCAGGAUGAGAAGGACCUGCAUCCUCGAUUGGACAGAUUUGAGAUAAAGAGGUUCAAGAAAGUGAAAGUGGAAAUCACGGGAAUACGUUUCCUCACUUGGGCUUUGGGGGAGAUGACCACUUUGAUGUCUGGGAUAUUCCAAAGGGCAAUUGCGCACGCAAUCGAAGGACCUCUGACGGAGGCACUGCAAAUGAGGAUGAGGGAGAUCAGUCUGGACUGAAUGAUGAGAAAUAUUUGUGUCAAAAAUCUGUGAUAUGUGGUGU